CCCAGAGCCGAGCCCGCCCCGCGGGGGUCCCUGGGGGUCCCUGAGCGGCCUCCCCCUCCCCCCCUGCCGUCUGCCGUGGGCUGGGCCGAGUUCCUGAACGCCUGGGGCUCCCGUGGCGAGGGGGCCGUGGCCCUGCUGACCCUCAGCGAGCAGGAGCAGCACGAGCUCUACGAGGCCGCGCGCCUCGUCCAGGGCGCCUUCCGCAAGUACCGGGGUCGGAGGCUGAAGGAGCAGCAGGAGUUGGCGGCCGCCGUCAUCCAGCGCUGCUACCGCAAGUACAAGCAGCUGACCUGGAUUGCUCUGAAGUUUGCCCUGUUCCAGCGGAUGACGCAGGCCGCCAUCCUGAUCCAGAGCAAGUUCCGGAGCUACGCGGAGCAGAAGCGUUUCCAGCGGCGCCGGCGCGCGGCCGUGCUCAUCCAGCAGCGCUUCCGCAGCCUCCGGCAGCACCGGAGCACCUUCCUCACCCUCAAGCAGGACCAGGCGGCGCGGAAGAUCAUGAGGUUCCUGCGGCGCUGCCGCCACCGGAUGGAGGAGCUGAAGCAGAACAAGGAGGUGGACAGUUUACAGACGCGGGGCCUGGCCUCGUGACUCCCCACCCCACCACGGGGACCCCA